AUGACAAAGCUGCCCCUGCAGAAAUUGAAGCUGGAGAACUUGAAGGUACUCAAUCUUGGAUAUACAAAAUUUAACAAACUCUCAGACAUUGAGGCUUUAACUUCUCUCAAUGCCUUAUCUUUGAGCAGAAUUGGUAUUAAUGAUUCCUCCGUCCUUCAAGGAAUUUGCAGUUUGAAGAAUCUCGAUGAACUUCAACUGAGUGACAAUAAGUUUUACGGGCCUAUUCCUAUGUGCUUCAGAAACUUGACGUCUCUUCGAGUUCUUGAUCUCUUCAACAAUAUUCUCAGCGGAAACAUACCUGCAGCUCUUAUUACUCCUCUCAUACACCUUGAGUUUCUCUCCCUCUCUGGUAACCCGUUUGGAGGUUCUUUCUCUUUCAGUUCUUUGGCCAACCAUUCGAAGCUUCAGGUGUUCGAACUUGGACCUUUGAACAAUGAUUCACAUGUCGACACUGAGGAUCUUGCUCUGCCCCCACCAUUUCAGCUAAAGGCUCUCUAUUUAUCUGGCUGCAACUUGAAUAAUCAGACUCGAAAAAUCCCAAGUUUCCUGCUCUAUCAGAAAGAAAUGCAUGUUCUUGAUCUUUCUUCCAAUAAGUUAGUCGGCCAGAUUCCUACUUGGCUUCUGCAAAAUAAUACAAACUUUGAAGUUCUUGUUCUAAAGGAUAACUCUUUGACGGGUCCGUUUCUUGUGGAUGAUUCUCUGGAAAUAGGUCUAAGGCGAUUAGACCUCUCAAACAAUGACGUCAGUGGUAAGGUUCCUCAAAAUAUCGGUUUAUCUUUUCCAUUGCUGUGGUACUUGAAUUUGUCAGGAAAUUCAUUUGAAGCCAAUAUUCCCCACUCAUUGGGAAACUUGACAAGGGCAAUAUCAAUUGAUUUGUCCCACAACAAGUUUUCAGGGGAGGUGCCAGGUCAAAUUGGAACUGGAUGUUUAGCUCUUUAUAUGUUGGCAUUGUCUUAUAAUAAUUUGCAUGGCAAUUUUCCUUCUGGGUCCACGAACUUAACAAGCCAGAGCAAAAGUAUGCUUUCAAGAAUGAAACUUCUGCAUGGAAAUUGUGGAGGGCAUUGGAGGAGAAAUUUCUGA